UUUAGAAAUGCAUCAUCUCUUUUAAUUAAACAAAUGAUAAAGGUAACUGCACUAAUAUGCCUUCAGAAAAAGAAAGAUAUGAAAAAGCAGACCAUAACAGUACUUUAGUCUAAUAAAUAACAAUGCAGAGAGAUUAUUAAAUCUUUUAGUUAUUCCAGCAAACAAAGAGAAAUGGCUUAUGCUGCUCUUUCUUCACUUAUCUAUACACUGAACCAACUCUUGAAACCUAAUCAAUCUUUGAUUUGUCGAUGUUGUACACAACAACAUCUCGAAUCACUCUGUCAAAAUCUUUCUGCUCUGCAAGAUUUCCUCGACAAUACUAUGACAAAGGAUAUUGGAACUCUUAAGGUUAUAGAAAAGAGGAUCAGAAAUGUAGUAUACAAAGCAGAAGAUAGAGUUGAUUUAAGUCUAAGAAGCAUCAUUCUAGCAGAUCACGAAGACAAACGGCAAAAGGCUUGUAGAUCCUUUUAUGAAGAAUUGUUGAAAGUGGAAGAACAAGUUUAUUUUCUCAAAAAAGAGGUGAUGAUGGUCGAGUUUAACAAGCAUGGAAGCAAAUCUGCAGAACUAGCAACAAAUCCUUCCACACUCGAAAAAAGUAAAUUUGAGGAAAAUAUUGUUGGGAUGGAGGAUGACUUCAACACCAUACUUGAUAGCCUCACUACCCAAACAGAUGAGUUAAUUGUCAUACCAAUUUUGGGAAUGGGCGGUAUAGGUAAGACAACUCUUGCCAGAAAAGUUUUUGGAGAUUCCUAUAUUCGUUCUCGAUUUGAUAAACAUGCAUGGGUCACUAUCUCCAAAGAAUACAAUCAGAGACAAAUGCUUCUUGAAGUUGUCUCUUCAGUUACUGGAAGCAAGCAAGAAAUGAGCGAUGAUCAACUAAUGGAGAUUGCGUAUAAAGGUCUGAAGGGUAGGAGAUUUCUAAUUGUCAUAGAUGAUAUUUGGAGUACAAAAGCUUGGGACCAAAUACAAAGAAUAUUUCCUAACGAUGACAAUAAAAGCCGAAUUCUAUUAACCACUCGGCUCAAGAAUAUUGCUGAUUAUGUCAGUUGUCCUGAUUUUCCUCCUCAUAGCAAGUCUUUUCUAAGUCUAGAUGAUAGUUGGAAUCUAUUCACUGAAAAAAUAUUCAAAAAAGAUCCAUGUCCUCCUCUACUUGUAAAAAUAGGGAAGCAUAUUGUUCAACAAUGUCAAGGAUUACCUCUCUCGGUUAUUGUUGUUGCUGGACUUUUAGGAAAAAUCGACCCAACGCAUAACAAUUGGAAGAUUGUUGAGGGAAAUCUGAAUUCAUUCUUUGGUACGGUAUCUGAACGGUGCCAAUCAAUUCUGUCUCUGAGCUAUAAUUACUUGCCCCAAUAUUUGAGGGCUUGUUUUCUUUAUGUUGGAGGUUUUUCUGAAGAUAUGGAGAUUGAUGUUUCCAAGUUGAUUAGGCUAUGGAUUGCUGAGCAAUUCGUAAAGGCAAGAAGAAGCAAUAAAAGGUUAGAAGUGGUUGCGGAGGAGUAUCUACAAGAGUUAAUUGAUAGAAGUCUAGUUUUGGUUGGUAAACAAAGGGCUAAUGGAAGGAUGAAAACUUGCAAAAUUCACGAUCUCCUUCGACAACUGUGCAUAAGAGAAGCUAAAACUGAAAAUGGUUUGAAUGUCAUGAAUGGAGAUGUCACCAGAGCCAUAUAUUAUAAUAUGCAGCAGAGCAGUCGUAUAACUCGCACCUUUAUUCCAACAUCAUCUUUUGGUUUAGUUUUUCCAAAAAGGAUUUUCUCCAUUGUUUCAGAGUUGAAGUUGCUUAAGGUGUUGGACGUAUUAUCAGUUGAAUGCGAUUUCUCUUGUGUAAUACCUCAUCUUGUACAUUUGAGAUAUGUUGCUGCAAGAAUCGAGAAAGCUCUUUCACUAGACAAAUUGAGAAAUCUACAGACCAUAAUUCUUCAAAGUCUUGAAGAGACGGAGCUGAAACACCCCUUAGAUAUUUGGAGAAUGUCAGAGAUAAGACAUGUAGAUAUUGGAUUGCCACUAUAUAUAUCUAAUCCUCUUGAUUCCGAAAAUCAUAGUAUUGGAGGACACCCUUUGUUUCUCAAUAACUUGCACACACUGUAUCUUCAUUAUUCUCCUUUUGUUCCGGAAAUCAUAACGAGAAGUCCCAAUCUAAAAGAGCUAAAGAUUUCAGAUAGAUCUGAGCAUCCUGUUUUUGAUUCUCUCAGUCUUCUAUAUGAUUUGGAGACACUACAUCUAGCAACCUUUGACCCGAUGAUUUUCUCCGGAGAUAUUUUCCCUCCUAAUCUAAAGAAAUUGAGAUUAUCAUACACUAGAUUACCAUGGGAAGUUGUGAAUUUGCUGGCUAAUUUACCUAAUCUUGAGGUGCUCAAAGGGAAUGAUGCAUUCAAGGGAACAAAUUGGAGAUUAAAUGAAGAUGUUGUGUUUCGCAAAUUAAAGCAUUUAAAAAUUGUAGCCGGAGAUCUGCAAAGGUGGGAAGUAGCUGGUAGUGAUAAUUUUCCGAUGCUUGAGCAACUAAUACUACAUCAGUUGCGUGAUCUGGAGGAGAUUCCGGUGAGUAUUGGAGAAAUAAUGACACUAAAAUUCAUCCAAAUAAACUGUUGUGGCUCUGGUGUAGACACUAGUGCAACGAAAAUUCAAGAAGAGCAACAAAGCUUAGGAAAUUAUGAGCUUCAACUUCGAAUUACUCCUAUGCCCGACUUAUCUCGAGCUACUGUGCCUGCUAAUUCGGACAGGUAACGAAUUAUAACCUUCAUUUUUUCUGAAAAUAAUCAUGAAUUUCCAUUGUUUAGCUUCAAAUUCUGUUUUGAGAUCGUUUGAAUUCAAACUACGAUGGUUUAGGCAUAAGAAGAGGUGUAGGUGUUCUAGUGAGAGGUUGGCUAUGGUCGGUGGGUUUAAGGAGAGGUAGAGGUACACCAAGAAAGUAUCAGGAAGAGGUGAUUAGACAGGACAUGUCAGAUCAUUAGUUUACCGAGGAUAUGUUCUUAGAUAGGAGGUUAGACUCGCUAUCCUGUGGAUAUGCUUGGUGGUAGUUUGGUACGGAGUACUUGUUUCUCUGUGGUAGUAAUAUUAUUCUCAUAGUUUCUUGUCCUACGAUUUUGGUUACUCCUCGUGUUUCAUGUGCUAUCUCUGCUUACAUUCAAAAUGUCUCCGUGAAAAUAGAAAUAUUGUAUAAUCCAGAGAAGCAAAACGGAUGAGGCUUGCUAAGCUGGACGCCCUCACAUUGCUUCCAACAUGACUUGAACCCUCGACCAAGAUAAUUGGUUAGACCGUGGAGGUGUUUUACCAACUGAGCAAGUCUCACUCGUUAUGUUUUAUAUGUAAAGUAUAAUGUUUAGUUGUAUAGUUUGUUCCUAUUUUUGAG